UUCACACGCGAAAACCAAUCCAACAUGGCGACGUAGAGACUCUGUUAUUGUUCCGUCGCCUCCUCAAGCUCCCGCUGUACGACUGAAAUACCACGCAGGAAGCGCGUCGAGUGUGUUCACGCGGGCAUGAGAGCGACACCGGGGGACAAUGCUGAGAUCCACCGGCUUUUUUCGAGGGAUUGACUGCCCGUUUUACACGGAGUACAUCGAAGGCAACGGAAGCAGAAAUGGGUGUAACAGACCGUACUGCCACUUCAGGCACCGCCAGCAGAGACGCGCGUCCUGCGGAGCACCGGCGGAUGUUAAAAGGCAAAAGGACCUUCACGCCUCGAAGAAAGAACAAGGCUAUGAUCCCUUCAACCCAGAAGUGGUGAGACCCCAGGUGCAGGAGAAUGGAAAGUCUCCUGACUCGGGGGACCUCAGCGGGGCCCUGGAAAUGGUCAACAAGGCCAUCGAGGAGGUCCGCGGCGAGGUGGAGAAGGAGAAAAGAAAGCUCUCUCGAAUUGGGGAUGAACCAUAUGAUCCCAACGAGAGCAAAAAACGAUCACUAUCUAGUUCUGUUAAAAGGAAAGCACCACCUUCCCACAUGGCGUAUGACCCUGGGAGUUAUCAGAUGACAUCUGGAGGUUAUAACCCCCCACCUGGCUGCAGUAAGUAUACCUUGGAUUCAGACCACCACGGAAAAAAUAGUAACUCCAUGGAAUAUGUUCCUACUACGAGGAGGAAGCUGUUAUCUCGGACACAAACGCAUCCACCCCCGUCUCCUCCCACCAGUCCAAAGUACAGCACAUCUUCCUCUAAAUGUAAAUACACAGUGGAUAAUUCAAAACCAUCUACAGACAUGGAGUACGAUCCAAUGUCUAACUACUCGGCAGGAAUUGCAGCAAAAAGGAAGAAGGAUCGGGACGCACAGGCUUCUAAGACGGAGUUGAGAAAGAAGCACAAACUGUCGGAUAGGUCAGACGAGGAGUAUGUUGUCGCUUUGAGAAAAACUCCGCAGCCGCCUGUAGACUCCAAAAAGUACACUAUCUCUGAGUCUGAUGGGGAAAGCUCUGGAACAGAGUACCGACCCACUUUGCUUAGUAAUCUCCAGCAGAAAAAAAGCAAUAGUGGGUCCCUUUGGGGUGCUUUGGGGAAGGAGAGGGAUGGGAGAGAAAGUAACCUUAAAGCACUGACACAAAGAAAUAAAGAGGACAUGGACUCAGACUUCCAGGAAGAGGUGAAAGAGGAGGACGGUUUAGAGAAAAAGAAGGUGGUUAGUCAAACUAGUUCCAAGAAAGGUGGCCAAUCUGAGAAAGUGCAUAAACUUGGAAAAGAAGCAAACAAAUCAACUGGCAGAAAGAGUAGUAGCAGCAGCAGCAGUAAAGACAAAGGGUCAAUUCAGAGCUCAACCCAGGACAAUGCAAAGAAGGAGAACAAGAGUCAUGGACAAAGAGACAAUAGCACAAACACAACUACGGUUAAGACACUUGCUAAAGUUCAGAGGGAAGGCAGAGACAAAAAGAGAAGUGAUGAUCAGGUCAAAGCUGUGGAAAAAUGCAAAACGGUCUCGAGUAAACGAGUUCGAGUUACAGAAAAUGGUUCCGGGGAAAGCAAGAAACUCAAGGUAUUUGAAAAGGAACAAAGCAAGUGCAAGGACCCCCAACACAAAAAUGGUCAACUUCAUAGCAGUAAAAGAGAAAAGGAUGCAAAGAAAGUUAAUAAAGGCAGUUUAAGUGGUGGGAGCAGCAGCAGCAGUUCCAUUAAAGGGAGUAAAGACAAGGUGAAGCCAAACAUAAGCUCACCAAAUAGGAAAAGGCGCGAAGAGAAACGGCGAAGUCUGAGUCUUAGCCAUGCGGAUCUCUUUGGGGAUGAGAGCCCAGAGGAGGUUGAACCGAUGGUGGUGGAUGAUGAUGACGAUGACGACGACGACGACGAUGAUGACGAAGAAGUGCUGGUGAGGAAGUCUGCUGAUGCUUUGAAGAGGGGCCGUCUGAACAAGAGGAAAGUGUCCGAGCUGACUCCGUCUUCCUCCGACGACGAAGGGGUCCGCGACGCGGAGGGCCACGGGGCAGGUAACGACGAGGUCACUAUCAACUUCUCUAGUUACCAGGACGAUCUGGACUUCGACUCCGACCCCAUGGAGGAGUGUUUGCGGAUCUUCAAUGAAUCCAAGGACGUGAAGACAGAAGACAAGGGAAGGCAAACUAAACAGCCCUCUAGGCAUUCGGACGACGAGAGAAGCACAGAGAGCACUUUAACCACCCUCUUUCCCGGUCAAAAGAAGAGAGUCUCCCAUUUUGUUGCCAAAGGAAGUACUGACGCAGCGAUUGUGGCACGACCGCACAAGAGACUCUCCGCCCAGGAGGUCUGCUACAAGCGUAUGCAGAUGGCUCAGCAGCAAGCAGCUCAGAUGUCUGCUUCAGUCACCGUGGCCUCCUUUUCUGGAGAGAAGAAGAGAAUAGCUCACCGCACCAACCCGCCGACAACAUCUUCCAAAACAAGUCCUGCAGAUGUUAAACCAGCUGCCAGUCGAGUUUUAUCCCCCAGCCAGACCCAGCAUACCGUCAAGGCCCAAACCACCGCUGGCAUCUUGCCCAAGACUAUGUCGACCGUCACGCAGAAGAGGAUGGCACACACACCCACCAUGAAGAGUAGUUCACUGAAGCGCCCCGUCAUCCCUAUCGAGUUCGGGGCCAAGGUUCCCAACAACGUCCGCCAGCGCUACCUCACCACUUUCAUAGAUGAAUGUGUCAAAUUCUGCCCAUCAGAGGACGUUGCCUUCCAGCUGGCACUCGACGAGGAGAAACUGGUGUAUGAGCGCAGCAGCAGUAAGAACAUCUACCUCAACGUAGCGGUCAACGCUCUGAAGAAGCUGCGGAGCAAGAGCACCUCAUGUCCAUCGCCUGUCACGAAGAACCCAGGGUUAGUUGCCAACAAGAGGGCUCAGUCACACGAAGAGGUUCUUGGAGGUCGUCAUGCUGCUACAACCAGUUUCACUGUCAACAGAAUGGGUAAACAGCUGGAAGAGAAACUCACGGGAGCCACACUGUACAGGAAGCUGCAGGCGUACUUGAUGACGGAGGAGCAGCUCCAGGAGCACGGAUACCCGAGAACCAAUCCUGAGGUUUCCGGCAAAGCCGUCAUCUAUAACCUCCCAGAGAAAAAGGCCACCUCAGACCCGUUGAACAAGAUAUGCUGUCGAUGUGGAGCUGAGUAUAAGAUCAACGUCAAUGGCAACUGUGUACGGAAAGAGGAAUGUAGCUUUCAUUGGGGACGGCUGCGCAGAAGUAAAGGCGCCGGAGGAUGGGAGACCAACUACAGCUGCUGCGCUGCGGCUGUCGGUGCUCCGGGUUGCCAAGUUUGCAAGCAACAUGUUCAGGACGGGCGUAAAGAGACUUUCGAUGGCUACGUCACUACGUUUAGUAAAGCUCUACCACCAGAUGGCAACGGAGGGGUGUUUGCUUUGGACUGUGAGAUGUGUUACACGAAGCAGGGCCUGGAGCUGACCAGGGUGACUGUCAUCGACUCCCAGUUGAAAGUCAUCUACGAUACAUUUGUGAAACCCGAAAGCAAAGUGGUCGAUUACAACACGCGAUUUUCAGGUGUGACGGAGGAGGACUUGGAGAGCGCCACCAUCACUCUGAGGGACGUUCAGGCCGUGCUGCUCAGCAUGUUCAGUGCUGAAUCCAUCCUCAUAGGACACAGUCUGGAGAGCGAUCUCCUCGCUCUCAAGCUAAUCCACAGUUCAGUCAUCGACACCGCCAUCGUGUUCCCGCACCGCAUCGGCUUGCCCUACAAGCGCGCCUUGAGGAACCUGAUGGCCGAACACCUUAAACGCAUCAUCCAGGACAACGUGGAGGGCCACGACUCGAGUGAAGACGCGUGUGCCUGCAUGGAGCUCAUGUUCUGGAAGAUCAAGGAGGAUGCAAAGGUGAAAAGAUGACCUCUGACCCCUCUGCUCAACUUUCCUCAGUUCAACUUGCAGUCUUGAUGUUGGUGUCAGGGGGACAGAUGUUCAGGGGGCCUGUCCCCGCUCUCACAGAGUGACGGUCAGAGCGUCGGUGGGGGAGGAGGAGCUUGUUGCUGCCGACUUUACUUCACAGAGAACUGCCAGUCAAAGCAAUAGGAGCUCAAAGUAACAGUUUUCAUUUGACAAUUUGUAUUUCAGUUGUAAAUAAUGUUAGUUAAUAUGUACAUGUGUUUAUGUUGAGCAGUGUCUCUUUUAAAGCCUCAAACAAUUGAUGCAUAAACCUUUUCUAUAAAAGAUCUACAUGAGCGUCGGGGCAUUGUCCGCUGAACGAUGGUGAUUAAUAUCAUACCAAGCUGUGUCUUCAGCUUAAUUUGCACUAUAGAAAUGCUUGUUUUCUGGGCACCUCACCUGUGCUUUAAAAGCAUUCACUUAUAAUGGAUAACACCUUACCUGUUCUUAGCUACACUUAAGUGCAUUGAUGUCUUAGUCUCUCGAUCAUUGCUGUGUAAAGGCACUUGUGUUUUUCACAUUGCACCUUGUCACUGAUCUCUGUUUAGCAAGUUAAUUGUGUUGGUUGGCUCUCAAACCUGACUAAUCCUAUAAUACUUGAUCAUAUAAAAGGCACUCAGCAGAAAUGUAAAGACUCUGCUUGCUACCUAUUUGGUUUAGCUGAUGGAAUAUUUCUCUGUAUUUCAUAUAUAUAGAUGUGUAUAUAUAUAUGAAAUAGUGAUACAAUAUCCAGUAUCUCUGUGUCAUGUGCACUGCAUGGAAUGAAACAUUGUGAUAGCAGGUAUGAAGACAAAAUGAUGUUGUUAACCCGUUGUCCCGGGUUAAUUAGGGAGUACCAGCUAAUCUCUGCUCUUUUAUGUCGAAAAUGACUGAGAAAUACUUGACUCCUGUACAUACUCCACAUUUCCUUUUGUAUUUGUUCAAUUUUUGUUGUUAAUCUUUUUUUUUAUAUUAAAAGAUAUUAGACAAAGGUAUGUUUCUCUGUGUUUAUAAUACAAUAUAAUAUAAGUGUAUUUAUUAAAGCACAGUACAAUUUUGA